AUGCCUAAAAGUCGAAAUUCAAACAAUCUUAAGAGCCUAUAUAUUGCUUGGGUUUGUGUCUUUGUGGAUGGAUUAAUUCGGGACUCUGGAUUCAAUGCUCCGUUAUUUAAUGGUGAAAUUGAUGAGAAGCUGCAGGCAUACCAAUCGCGUACGUAUUUGCAAAAAUUGGGUGGAAAAGGUGGUGGUGGUGGUGGUGGUGGAGGUAAGGGUGCAGGUAGUGGUGGUAGCCGCUGCGGAGGGAAAGGAGGUGGAGGUAGUGGCACCGGUGGUCGCAGCUCGGGUACUAGUUCUAGCAGCUAUGGUUUAUACAGUGGUAGUAGUGGCGGGUCUAUGAAGGCUCCUGGUGGCAGAGGGGCUUAUAUUUCUAGGGAUGCUUUUGAGAAUGAUCCAAAGGGAUACUUCAACCAACUCCACGCUAAGGGAAAGUAG